AUGAGCCCCUACGUCUUAGCCCUUCUAUUAUUUAGCCUCGGCCUAGGAACUACAAUAACCUUCGCAAGUUCCCACUGGCUACUCGCCUGGGUCGGCCUCGAAAUCAAUACCCUUGCAAUUCUUCCACUAAUAGCACAAAAUCACCACCCCCGGGCAGUUGAAGCGGCCACCAAAUAUUUCCUUAUUCAAGCUGGGGGCGCCGCCGUACUACUUUUUGCCGGCACAACAAAUGCCUACCUCACCGGCCAAUGAGACAUUCAACAGGCCGCCCACCCUCUCCCAAUCGCUAUUAUCACCCUUGCCCUAGCCCUUAAGCUUGGGCUUGCCCCUCUUCAUUCCUGGAUGCCAGAGGUAUUUCAAGGCUUAAGCCUUACUACAGGCCUGGUCUUGGCCACCUGACAAAAGUUAGCCCCCCUCACCCUCCUCCUUCAAAUUCAACCUGUCAACUCUCCCCUUCUCAUUUUUUUAGGCUUAGCAUCGACCCUUAUUGGGGGCUGAGGAGGACUCAACCAAACCCAACUACGCAAAAUCCUAGCUUACUCUUCCACCGCCCAACUAGGCUGAAUAGUGCUAGUCCUACAAUUUGCCCCUUCUUUAACUACCCUUGCUAUUUUAGUGUACAUCGCCGCUGCAACUGCAACAUUCCUUACUUUAAAACUAGCCAAGGCCACGAGCAUUAAUAUACUAGCCAUCUCCUGAGCAAAAGCACCUGCACUUGUAGCUCUCACCCCCCUUGUGCUCCUAUCUCUUGCAGGUCUCCCUCCAAUGACAGGGUUUAUACCCAAAUGACUUAUCCUCCAAGAGCUCUCUAAACAAGAGCUAGCUCCCACCGCCACCCUUGCGGCGCUCACCGCACUCCUUAGUUUGUACUAUUAUCUCCGACUUACAUACGCUAUAACCCUCACUAUAUUUCCUAAUAAUCUAGCCGGCACACUUCCUUGACGACUACCAUCCCAUCAGCUAACACUCCCCCUAGCUUGCCUAGCUAUUGCCACUAUUUCUCUACUACCCCUCACCCCCGCUGCACUAGCCCUAGUAGCCCUUUA